GCGGCGCCGGCCGGAGCGAGGAGCCGCGCGCACGGCGGUCCCGGCGCCCUCCCCGCACACAAAGGCCCGAGCGCGUCCGGCGCCCGCGGCGGGGACCGAGCCCCUCCUGCCUGCUCCGCGGGCCGGGGGCCGCGAAGACCGAGGAGGCUCCCGCGCGCCCGGAGGCGCCCCUCGCCGCUCCGCGCCCCGCGCUCCGGGACAUGGAACCGCGCCGACGCGGCGCCCGCGCGCUCGGGCCGCUGCCCGCCCCCCUGGAUCUAUAGUGCGAGGCGGCCCGCUCGGAGCGCGGCGCCCGCCGCCAGCGCGACUCGUCUCUCCGCCUUUGUGUCCCGGCCGCGCGCCCUCCCUGCCGCCGCGCGCCCGGCACCCUGGAGCCGCACGGGAGCCUGCCGUCCGAGCUGCGUCCGGCGCGGCGCCCCGGAGCCCCGAGCCCGCCGCGCCGCCGCGCCCCGCGCGUGCGCCCCCGCCCCGCGCCCUGAGGGCCCCGAGCGGAGCGCCCCCGACCUCGGCGCCGGCUGGAGCGGCCCGGCGCGCCCCGGAGCCGCCUGCGCUCUCCCCCGUGCCUGCCCCGAGGACUGGGGCUCCGGCCUGCGCCCCUUCCCUCCGUCGUCGGGAGCGUGCGGAGCUGGGAGCGGCUUGGCCAUGGCCGCGAGGAGGGACCCCGUGUGGAAGUACUGCUGGGGAGUUUUGAUGGUUUUAUGCAGAACUGCGAUUUCCAGGUCGAUAGUUUUAGAGCCCAUCUAUUGGAAUUCCUCGAACUCCAAAUUUCUACCUGGACAAGGACUGGUACUAUACCCACAGAUAGGAGACAAAUUGGAUAUUAUUUGCCCCAAAGUGGACUCUAAAACUGUUGGCCAGUAUGAAUAUUAUAAAGUUUAUAUGGUUGAUAAGGACCAAGCAGACCGAUGCACUAUUAAGAAGGAAAAUACCCCUCUUCUCAACUGUGCCAGACCAGACCAAGAUGUAAAAUUCACCAUCAAGUUUCAAGAGUUCAGCCCUAAUCUCUGGGGUCUAGAAUUUCAGAAGAACAGAGAUUAUUACAUUAUAUCUACAUCAAAUGGGUCUUUGGAGGGCCUGGAUAACCAGGAGGGAGGGGUGUGCCAGACAAGAGCCAUGAAGAUCCUCAUGAAAGUUGGACAAGAUGCGAGUUCUGCUGGGUCCACCAGGCACAACGAUCCGACACGACGCCCAGAGCUAGAAGCCGGUACAAAUGGAAGAAGUUCAACGACAAGUCCCUUCGUCAAACCAAAUCCAGGUCCCAGCACGGACGGCAGCAGCGCCGGGCACUCGGGGAACAACAUCCUCGGUUCCGAAGUGGCCUUAUUCGCCGGGAUUGCGUCCGGGUGCAUCAUCUUCAUCGUCAUCAUCGUCACGCUGGUGGUGCUGCUGCUCAAGUACCGGCGGCGGCAGCGCAAGCACUCGCCGCAGCACGCGGCCGCGCUGUCGCUGAGCACGCUGGCCACGCCCAAGCGCGGCGCGGGCGCGGGCGGCUCGGAGCCCAGCGACAUCAUCAUCCCGCUGCGGACUGCCGACAGCGUCUUCUGCCCGCACUACGAGAAGGUGAGCGGGGACUACGGGCACCCGGUGUACAUAGUCCAGGAGAUGCCCCCGCAGAGCCCGGCCAACAUUUACUACAAGGUCUGAGCCGCGGCGGGGCCUUCGCGUCCCGGAGGAAAGUCGCCGUGCGCCCCCCCAGGAGGGUGGGCGACCCCGCGCCGCACGGACCGAGCGCGGCGGGGGCGGGGCGCUCCCUCCCGGAAGCGCCCUGCUGAGUUGGACCCCUGGCCUGGCCUGCGGCGCUCGGCGCGGUGAAGACGGACCGACCGACCGACGCCCCCGGGGCCCGCGGCGCGCCUCGCCCCCGCCUCCAAGCCCUGCGCCGGGGCCCUCGGCCGCAGGAAGGGCGGCGCCCCGGCAGGUGUCCCGGGGGGGGGGGGCGCCCUCGGCCUCGGGCGUCCCUCCCCAGGAGCGUCCAGACUUGUCACGCGGACCUCUGGCCGGGGAGGCUCUCAGAGGCCCCGCGCCCGGCCUGCGCGUUGCACACACCCCUGCCGCUCUCCCCCCACACCCCGCCUCGCUGCUGGAACCCUCACCCCGGGGGCCGGACCGCCGCAGCUGGCGCCGCUGGUAACACGCUUCCAGAAACCGUGUCUGCUGAGAUGGAGCCUCCGGCCGCGAAGACCACAGCGACCCGGAGCCCGUGGCGGGGGCGGGGGAGGGGGGUCUGUCUGCAAACGCAGGCCACACUGCUGCUGCUGCUGCUGCUGCUGCGUCUGGAGCGCAGGUGGGAGGGGCGGUAGGUAGCACAGCACUUUGGUCCGCUGAGAUUUAAGACGCAGGUAGCAGGCCCCGCACGCGCGGUACAGCGGCCGCCGUGCAAGGGACCCGCCCACCCAAGGGCGUCGCGCGGAGGACGGGGGCGGCCGGCGGCGCCGCGGGAGGGUCGUCCCUCUGGAGGGCGUUUCGGGCCGACUGCGCUGCUACACUGAUCACAUUUUAUGAAACAGGGAAAGCGUUAGCGGAGGAAGGCCGAGGUCAGCCAGGCUGUAACUCCAUCGCCAGCCAGUGAGGCGGUUCUCCCGUAAGAAAGGAAGGUCAGAGUCCCCGUCGUCCCCCCCCCCCCGCCCCCCCUUGAGCCUCACGACGCUGUGGCUGCAGGUACUGAGCGAGGCGCCGUGUCGGGGGAAGCCUAGUGCGAGCCGCUUUGAGUCCUUAAGACGGAAAGAAACGGUGAUGUCGAGGGGAGAAGGAAGGUGGCGCGUCUGUGACAGGUCUGUAGAACACCCGGGAUAGAAACCGAAAGAUUUGUACUAAUAUAUACGUUACGAUUGCACACAAACCACACCGGAGAGAUGGGAAAUUCACUGGUGGCAAUCACACGGCCCCAACGCCCAGUGCCGAAGAAAGAAAAAUGGGACAGCUACAUCUGGGAAAAACAGCCUCGCUCCAAAAAUAACAAGGGGAGUAAAUACAGAAAUAGCCCAGUCCUCCGAAGGCAUCUCACGUAAGCCUAGACUAGGAAAUGCAAGCCCCACAAACCAGGAAAUGGAUGUUACCGCACCGUAUACUUAACAGUGGCAAGAUGUUCCGGCAUUUCGUUUCUGUGUUGUGUUUUCCCUUGCCUUAUGGCUGAAGUGUUCCUAAAAUCUACCGGGUCCCCCCGGAGGGGGCUCGGGGCUGCAAGUUGAGCGCCGGCCCCCAUCCCCUCCCUGCCCCCUCCCUUUUGGGAAACAAAAACGAGUAAACAGGAAACCUACUUUUUAUGUGCUAUGCAAAAUAGACAUCUUUAACAUAGUCCUGUUACUAUGGUAACACUUUGCUUUCUGAAUUGGGAGAAAAAAAAAUGUAGCAACAGCAUUUUAAGGUUCUCAGACCUCCAGUGAGUACCUGCAAAAAUGAAUUGUCACGGAAAUCAUUCCCUCUCUAUUUCCUGAACCUGAAAAUGAUGUUGGUCCAAAGUGCGUGUGUGUAUGUGUGAGUGGGUGAGUGGUAUACAUGUGUACAUAUAUGUAUAAUAUAUAUCUACAAUAUAUAUUAUAUAUAUCUAUAUCAUAUUUCUGUGGACGGUUGCCAUGGUGACCGGCCACAGUACAUAUGUAAUUCUUUCCAUCACCCCACCCUCUCCUUUACGUGCAUUCGUGCAAGAUUUUCUUGUAAGCCAUCAACAAUUACCUUUAGGAUGGGGGAGAGGGGCAAGAAGGGGAAAAAUGGGAAAUAGUCUGAUUUUAAUGAAAUCAAAUGUGUGUCUCCUCGGUUGGCUAGAUUUUGGUUAUAUGCUAAACUGUGAAAAAACCAGAUGAAUUUGAUGAAGAGUUACCUGCAACCAAUUGAAAAGUGUUCUGUGCGUCUGUUUUGUGUCUGGUGCAGAAUAUGACAAUCUACCAACUGUCCCUUUAUUUGAAGUUGGUUCAGCUUUGGAAAAAGUUACUGUAAAUGCCUUGCUUGUAAUAUCAUCCCUAGUCACCUGACUUUGGAAUUUGCACCAUAAACGUUUAAGUGAAGAUGCUGUAAAUAGGUUCAGAUUUUACUGUAUAUGGAUUUGGGAUGUUACAGUAGCCUUAUUCACCUUUUUAAUAAAAAUACACAUGAAAACAAGACAGAAAUGGCUUUUCUUACCCAGAUUGUGUACAUAGAGCAAUGUUGGUUUUUUAUAAAGUCUAAGCAAGAUGUUUUGUAUAAAAUCUGAAUUUUGCAAUGUAUUUAGCUACAGCGUGUUAAACGGCAGUGUCUUCCCCCUUUGCACUGUAAUGAGGAAAAAGAAAUGGUAUAAAAGGUUUGCCAAAUUGCUGCAUAUUUGUGCCGUAAUUAUGUACCAUGGAUAUUUAUUUAAGAUUUCGUUGUCCAAUUUGUAAGUAACACAGUAUUAUGCUUGAGUUAUAAAUAUUUUUUUUCUUUCUUCAUUUUAUUUUAAUAGCCUGUCCUAGGUUUUCAGUCUGCUUUCCUUCCUUCCACAUCGCAGUCAGCCCCCCGGAACCGCAGUCCGUGAGGUCCCAUUCCACGUCUGUUUCAAACUGAAUUUGUUCUUAAAAAAAUAAAAUAUUUUUUUCCUAUGGAAAAA